AUGUUGGCAUCCAUUUCCCACAUGGAGACCCUACGAUCCCUCCCUCGAAAUCCGGAUGUGGUUACGCGACACCCAUCGGCCGAAGACUUAGAUGCUGCUCAGCAACUCAUUUCGUCUGCUCAAGCUGGCCGGGAACAUCCUCUCGAUCGACAAUACACCGAUGAGGGGUCGCGAAAUGUCGGAGGGGCUCCACUGAGCCAUCACGAGGAUGACUACCCAGUAGUUCAGUCUUCUGAAACCGCUAUAAAUGGGCAUAUUUUUGAGAAAACGUCUCCAAAAUCCCAAAAAGACACAUCGUUCUUGGGACAUUCUUGCAGUAAUUGCGGAACGAAGAGUACACCGUUAUGGCGGCGGUCACCUACCGGGGCCAUGAUUUGUAAUGCAUGCGGUCUCUACCUAAAAGCGCGAAAUGUUGCACGGCCAACGAAAAGGAACCGGACGCAAGCAAGCCCGGGGGCAUUUAUUGCGCAAAAUCCCCCCGCAGGUGCUCAGCCAGAGCCGGUCGCUAGCGAUAAUGAAGGUUGCGGGGGUUCUUCGGGUUCGUGUCCAGGCGGUGGAAAUUGUAAUGGGACAGGUGGCGCCGAAGGCUGCGACGGUUGUCCGGCUUACAAUAAUCGCGUUUACAAGUCAACGGCGCGGGGGAAUGUCGCGGCACAUGCGUUGAAUAGAUCAGCGAUUCCGGAGAGUGCUCCGCCCUCGCAGGAGCCUGAAACGCCGGCCAGAUCCAGCGCACAACCGGAGGGUAAUAUGCUGGUUGCUUGCCAGAACUGCGGAACCACCGUGACACCACUUUGGCGACGAGAUGAAAAUGGCCAUCCGAUCUGCAAUGCCUGUGGUCUCUACUAUAAGCUCCACGGCUGCUACCGUCCUACUACGAUGAAAAAGACCAUCAUCAAACGGCGAAAACGUGUUGUUCCGGCUUUGCGAGAACAUUCUCCGACUGGGGCUACCCAAUCCUCUCAGGGUUCCUCUGCGUCACCAGAAGCAUCGUCCCCAGCGACAUUGGCCCAUUCCCAAGAUGAGCGGUAUAGAUACUACAGUUCGGAGCCCGUUGACCAAUUUCACCGAGGUUCACCUGCAGCUCAGCGUCCAUUCGUACUCGCGCCGCUACCGGUCGACUUUACAGGCUUCAAUUCGGGAGCCGUAACACUACCUCAUCAUCCACCUCCACCACCACCCAGGCUACUCGAGCCAGGUCAUACAUCGGUUCCUCAAUUUGGCCGACGUUCGAUCUCGCCAAAUUCUUCUGGGAACCCCAAGAAACGACCACUAUCGGAAACCGGGCCUUCUACGGACGUUGGUUCUAUUCCAAGCACGUUGGAGGCUGGAUCAAAUCAACUCCCGCCCAUUGUAUCCUCUGCGAACCCGCCGCCCCCUGCUCGACUUAGCUCAAUCUCCGCUAUUCUCAAUCACGCUCAUGCACGCGACGAAGCUCGCCUAGACCCGUCCCUGGCUGGUCUCGCACGUCAGCAGCAAUACCACCCUCAGCCCCAAUCUCUUGCACAUCCGCAAACCUCAGAAUCGCUACCUGGAGUGUCCGACCUGGAAAGUUUCGAGCGCCGCGCGAAGCUCCAGCGGGAAGCCGAAGAAAUGCGAGAACUUCUCCGAGCAAAAGAGCGAGAGCUUGCACAACUCGCUAGUCAAUGA